AUGGCGACCUAUGAGUUCGUUAAAUUUCCGCAAGAUAAUUUCCCCAGCAGCCCAAACCUUAGAAGUGAGCUCGAGGGCGCAGAGAAGCUGAUUGCAGUCGUCGAGAUGGUUUGUAGAAAGGGCUUACCUUCCAAAAAUGGCUUUAAAUUGGACGGGGCACUUACUCUGAGGAAUGAAAAGUAUCAAGCUCAAUCCAGCAGGAAAGAUGGCAAGGUCUCCAACACUGCUCCGCAGUCAUCUCUCUCGCAAAUCCAAAUGCGCGAAACAGCCCCAGACAUUGAAAGUAUCUUUCUUGAGCGCAAGUCACGGCUCACGUCGCCUCGGAUCUCGGAUGUACUAUGUUGGCCGUAG